AUGAGCACUCAGGCCUCAUCAGCGGACUGGUGCCAGCAUCUGUCUCAAAAGGCGCUCGCAAGCUCUUGGCGGUUCAAGUGCGAAGACAUCCAGAUCGAAAAGGAGCUUUGCCGGACCCUGAAGAGCAACGUGCACCUGGGGAGAUGGAAAGGCGCUCAAGUCGUAGUCAAGACCUUGCUUGCCGCAAAUAGCGAAUCAAGUGAGGAGCCCAGGGAUGCUUCGCCAGCAUCAGUUGCAGAGGAGCUCCUGCACGAGAUUGAUGUGCUGUCGUCUAUUCGCCACCCAGACCUCGUUCUGUUUUUAGGUGCCUGCCUCGACACCUCGUGUUCGAUCGCCUGCAUCACUGAGUACAUGCCCGGGGGUGACUUGGAGUCCUUCUACGUCGCCAAGCGAGCGAAGCGCCAGGCCCCUGUGUGGCAUCCUCAUUUGCAGCAAGUGGUGUCGUGGGCGGCCGCCACCGCUCGUGGCCUUCUCUUCUUGCACACGCGAGAAGUUCCUCUUGUACACCGUGAUCUCAAGCCCAUGAACCUUCUCUUGACCAAGCACCUGGACCUGAAGAUUGCCGAUCUUGGUAUCAGCCGGGUGCUUGCGGCGGGCACUAGAGAUCACAGCAGAUACGCCAUGACCGGUGGCGUGGGCACUUUUCGGUACAUGGCUCCGGAGGUAGCUCGGGGUCACUACUACGACGAGAAGGUAGACAUCUAUGCGUUUGCCCUAAUCCUCUACUUCAUGUGCUCCGGCCAGCAGCCCUUCCAUCACCUGGGCCAAGAUCCGGAGUUUGUCCUGCAGCUCUACACCCAGGGAGAAGAUCCGAGACCCUUGCUGACGGACUGCCCGUGGAAACUACGGGGCCUCCUCGCCGCUGCUUGGGCGGAGGAGACCCAAAAGCGCCCGGACGCAGGGCAGAUCCUCGCCGCACUGGAAAACCUGGAAGAAGAACAGGCACAACCUGCCUGCGGCUGCUCCCUGAUGUGA